AUGGCGUCCAACGACUUGUCGGGCUGGAAAAACCCACCUGCUCACAUCACCCGACCCAGACCACCCUGCCCAGACAACCCUGCCCAGACCACCCUGCCCACACCACCCUGCCCAGACCCACCUGCUCACAUCACCCGGCCCACACCACCCUGCCCAGACCACCCUGCCCAGACCACCCUGCCCAGACCCACCUGCUCACAUCACCCUGCCCAGACCACCCUGCCCACACCACCCGGCCCAGACCACCCUGCCCAGACCACCCUGCCCAGACCACCUUGCCCAGACCAACCUGCCCAGACCACCCUAACCACACCACCCUGCCCACACCACCCUGCCCAGACCACCCUGCCCAGACCCACCUGCCCAGACCACCCUACCCAGACCCACCCUGCCCAGACCACCCUGCCCACACCACCCUGCCCAGACCACCCUGCCCAGACCACCCUGCCCAGACCCCCCUGCCCAGAUCACCCUGCCCAGACCCACCUGCUCACAUCACCCUGCCCAGACCACCCUGCCCACACCACCCUGCCCAGACCACCUUGCCCAGACCACCCUGCCCACACCACCCUGCCCACACCACCCUGCCUAGACCACCCUAACCACACCACCCUGCCCAGACCACCCUGCCCAGACCACCCUGCCCAGACCCACCCUGCCCACACCACCCUGCCCAGACCACCCUGCCCACACCACUCUGCCCAGACCACCCUGCCCAGACCACCCUGCUCACACCACCCAUAUCUCCAGCGCACACAUCACUCUCCGCCACAUAACCUCAAACUGCACCAUUUAGUUUCUCUCUGUCGCCCACACACUUUCAACAUUUGGAUAAUAAAGCAUUUGACCGUCGUGUUAACGAUGGAGGGUUGA